AUGCAUACAAAUAGUUUUAUAGGUUUUUCAACUCCUCUAUCGGGUGGUGUACCAUCACCAUGUCAUUUUAAAACAGAUUCAAUAUCUGAAUUAAAGUUGUGGAUGGAUAAAAAUGAAAAGACUCCACUAUUGAACAUUCAUUGUGUUCAAGCUAUUCCACCACCAAAUCAAACAGUAGCACCACCAAGUUUUGUUCUCGCUGGCUAUGGCACCAGCAGUAAAUAUACAUCAUUAGAUAUUCUUAGGCGAUGGCUAUUCAUUCACAAGAAUUCUAUUGAACAAAAUGUGCGAAUCCUCGGAUUUUCCACCGAUGCUGAUAAUAAAUAUUUUCGUGCUAUGCGUUUGAUGUCUGGAUUCUAUGCAAGCUUAUCGAAUUUUGAUGUACAUGUUGAUUCUUCAGCUUUACAAGUUGGUGAUAAAUGUAUAACAAUGAAACAUUUACAACAAUUACUUGAUAACGAAGAAUUGAUUCGGCUAGAUCAUGAAUUGACACAAAGUGAUCUAAAACCAACAGAUCGUCAAAAUUUUCGUUCUUGUUUGAGAAUUACAUCUUGUGAUGUGUUAAAUUUAAUAGCUCGUGACGAUAAUUCUAAUGGAACUUACAUGUAUUUAAAAUUGAUAAAAUUGAUCAUAACUUCGUAUAUCGAACCAACAACUUCAAUUGAAGAACAUGCUGAUAAUAAAUAUUUUCGUGCUAUGCGUUUGAUGUCUGGAUUCUAUGCAAGCUUAUCGAAUUUUGAUGUACAUGUUGAUUCUUGUAUGUUUUCAAUUCAAACUGGUAAUUGGCCUUGGUAUUUUUUAAGACCUGAGCAGCUUUUUGUGUUUAUGCAAGAUGCAACUCACCUGGUCACAAAGUUAAGAAACCGUUUAUUAUCUGCAACAGCAGCUUUACAAGUUGGUGAUAAAUGUAUAACAAUGAAGCAUUUACAACAAUUACUUGAUAACGAAGAAUUGAUUCGGCUAGAUCAUGGAUUGACACAAAGUGAUCUAAAACCAACAGAUCGUCAAAAUUUUCGUUCUUGUUUGAGAAUUACAUCUUAUGAUGUGUUAAAUUUAAUAGCUCGUGACGAUAAUUCUAAUGGAACUUACAUGUAUUUAAAAUUGAUAAAAUUGAUUAUAACUUCGUAUAUCGAACCAACAACUUCAAUUGCCGAACGUAUGUUUCAGCUUAAUUAUUCAGGUUCUCUUUGA